AUGCUUUAUUACUCGAAACAGGCUUACAUCGCCUACGGCGCCACCAUCUUUGGCACAAUCGUGUUUUUGAACUUGCUGUUCAGUGGGAACGGGGAGCAGUUCAACGUGGGGAAGUUUUUGACGGAGACUUCGCCGUACAUGUGGGCGUUGCUGGGAACUAGUCUGACGGUCGGGUUGAGCGUUAUUGGUGCUGCAUGGGGAAUUUAUGCCACUGGUUCAAGUCUUUUGGGUGCCGCUGUGCGAGUUCCUCGUAUCAGGACCAAGAACCUUAUCAGUAUCAUCUUUUGUGAAGUCGUCGCCAUCUACGGUCUCAUUAUCGCCAUCGUCUUCUCGUCGAAACUGAACGAUGCAGAAUUAGCGGAUGGUGCAACAUGGCCUAAAUCUGCUUAUUAUUCAGGAUACGCUUUAUUUUGGGGUGGCUUGACGGUGGGAUGUGCGAACCUUUUCUGCGGCAUAUCGGUCGGCAUCACGGGAUCCACUUGCGCAAUAGCAGAUGCCGCCGACCCAGUCUUGUUCGUCAAGGUUCUGAUUAUCGAGAUUUUCGGGUCGAUUAUUGGGCUCUUUGGCCUCAUCAUUGGAUUAUUGAUGACGUCCAAGGUUCGGGAGUUCGAUGUAAAGUAG